UUCAAAGCUUAGGCAUUUAAUCGUUACAGAGUGAAAAGAUAAAAAAAAGUUAAAACCGUCCUCACCCUCCCCCACCAAUAGUAUUCACUCUCUCUCCGUUUCAAACAAACUCUUCAGAUUCUCGAGAAAGUAUUAUCAUUUUCCCCAGAUUCAGUGCUUGUCGUGUUUUUUUCUCGGAAAAUGGAUUUUUGAUUUGAAUUGGUGAUGUACAUUGAGCGGAGAAGACGAAGAGGAAGAAGCUAAAAACAGAUUUGAUUGCUUUUGUCUCUGAUCGCAAAAAUAUGAAUCCGUCGGAACCGUCUCUCGGCGGGAAGAAACAACCGAGUCUCCGUCGAAGCCUUUCAACGCCGUCGCUGUGCCACGGAGGAUCCACGGCGGCGGAGUUUUGCGGUGGUACGACGGCGGAUUUCGCCGCGCUAUGUUGCUGCGGGCCUUGCAGCGUCGUCAGUCUCGUCGUCCUCGCCGUCUACAAGGUCCCUCGCGGACUCUGCCGCCGCGCGAUCCGUUGUCUGCGGCGGAGGAGAUUGGGGAAGAAAGAAAAUGGAGAUUGCGAGAGGAAGCUGAGCAAAGUUGGGAGUUCGAAGUUCGCUGUUCAUCCGGUAGAGAGUAAAGACGAUGAAGGUCUCGAUAAGUUAGCGAUGGAGUUGAAUGACGGAGGAGAAGAGAAGGAAGAAGACGAGGAAGUGGUUGCGUUAGAGAAGGAGAUGUGGAAUAGAUUUUACAGUGGUGGUUUCUGGCGUAGCCUUUCGCAAGCUGAAACGGCGUCGUCUUCUCUGAAAGUUGAGUAGAGAAUCAGAUUCUAAAAGUGUAGGAAACAGUGCGAAUUGUAUAUGUUCUUGUUCAUAUAGUAAAUGUGCCAUUUUUCAGUCAAAUAAGUUCAAUCAAAUAUGUUGACAAACAAAAAAAGUUCAAUCAAUUAUGUAUUUGUCUUAGAUCAACCCCAAACUUAGUUGGAGGAGUGAUGUAGAUAAAUAUUUGGGAUAUUUCCAAAUAUUUAU